AAGAUGGCCGCGCAUUACUAAUGUAAAUAAUUCUGUAGCUAAGAAAUAGAUUCAUUAAAUCAUUUGCUAGAUCUAGAAAUAGAUCUAGUCUAGAUCUAGUCUAUGUCUAUCUUGUUUAUGUGGAUUGUAUCUGCCCAAGUCACCUUAGAUGAAGCAGAAUCUUCAGUUCAGCUCAUUCUACCAUGUCCAAGUCUGACUCUAGUGACAGUGUUUCAAGACUGUCCUCUAGCAAAUCUUUUGAGGCAUCACUAAGCAAUGUAUUACCCCAUGUACCAGAUGAAGGCAGUGCAAACAAGCGCACUGGCUCAAGGAAGAGAAAAACACAGAGAAGACACGAGAAGCAUUCAUCUGUAGAAAGUAUUUUAGGGGCCACAGUUGGGGCAGAUAUAACUGAAAGAGCAGAGAUUCCAUCUAGAGCAUUUCUCAAACUGCCAAGCAUACCUAAUCCCAACUCAAAAGUUGAUCUAACUAUUUCAAAUAAUGGACAAGAGCUUUCUGCCAAUAGUUCUAAAGAUGAAAUUGAUAUUUUAAAAAGUGUGAAAGGUUCUUUAGUUGAGGCCUAUAAGAAAACUAGUGAAAAGGAUGAACACAGUGACCUUGAAGACACACUUUCAGAAUCCCAUAGACAAAUUCUUACUGACAUUGAGAAAUUCCAAAAAGGAAAAUUUGUUAAUACAGCCAAACAUAUUCAUGAUGUAAUGAAUCAGAAAGAAGUCUCUAGAUACAUCUCUGGUCAUAUUAAACAAAGAGAGUGUUGUCAUUUUGUGAGAAGUAAUACGAUAAAUGAUAGCAAUAUUUGUGCAUGUGGGAGAGAUAAAAAGUGGCAUAUAGAUCGUAACUUACCAAUUGAUGAUAGCAAAGGUCACUUGUGGCACCAGAAGACUCACACUGUGGAAGAACCUUGUGACUCAUUUGGAGAAAUACAUUUCCGUGGCUUUGGAACUAUUGUUAGCAACUCUCCAUAUGUGCGAGUUGACUUUAAAACAAAACCUGAAAUAGUAUGGGAACUGCUGAUCAAAUAUUGGACGCUGCCCCCGCCAAGGCUUCUCAUCUCAGUGACAGGGGGUGCCCAGAGGUUUGAACUCAUGCCACGUUUAAGCUCACUCUUAAAACAGGGUCUGGUUGAAGCUGCUGUCAACACAGGUGCAUGGAUUAUUACUGGAGGCACAGCCACAGGUGUUAUGGAGUUUGUUGGUGAGGCAGUCAGAGAUCAUAUGACUGUGCACAGUGGCAACCACGAGGAUAUGUGUGUGGCUCUUGGUAUCGCCACAUGGGGCUGUGUGGCAAAUAACUUGGCUCUUGAUGGAGAGGGUGAUAAUGGUCAGUGGCCAGCUAACUAUGCCAUAGAAGAUGUCAUACAAACACAAAAAGGUUUCAGCUCAUUGGACCCUAACCACACCCACUUUAUUCUUGUUGACAAUGGCUGUGUGGGGACAUUCGGUGCUGAGAUAGAGUUUAGAUCUAAGCUAGAGAGCUACUUCUCUUCAUCAGCUACAACUGGAGUGUCAGAAAGUCAAGUUAUAAAUACUCCAGUGGUUCUAAUAGUUGUGGAAGGAGGCCUAGGAACAAUGGAAACUGUGCACCAGUCUGUUAAGAGACAUACACCUGUGGUUGUAAUUAAUGGUUCAGGCAGAGCUGCAGAUUUAAUUGCAUUGGCAAUAAAGAUAACAUCUGAGAAUCCUAAGAACCCUGACCAUUCCAAGUUACCAAGUAGUUUUGAUGAGACAAUACGGACAGCUGUUGAACAUAAUUUUGUUUGGAAAUCACAUGACAAUAGCAAAGAUAAAAGCAUUCAGAAAUGUAUUGAUACAUUAAAAGUUUGCUUGCAGCAUAGAACUUUGAUCAAUGUGUAUGACCUGGAUAAGUCUGAGUCAGCUCAAGAUAUUGAUCGUGCUAUUUUGUGUGCUCUGUUAAGAGCUAACAAAUCCAACUGUAGUACACAGCUUGCUUUGGCUUUAGCUUGGAAUAGGUGUGAUAUUGCACGGCAACAAAUUUUUACUUUAGAAAACAGAAGCAGAUGGUCGAUCAAAGAUUUGUACGAUGCCAUGUUUACAGCCCUUGUACAAGAUCGACCAGAUUUUGUUCAUCUUUUUCUAGACAAUGGUGUAGACCUUAGAAAGUUUCUUACAGUGAAAACAUUAUGGAAUCUCUAUUGCAAUUGUUUGAAUGUAGAAGAUGAUGGUGAAGCAGCUAUAUUGCGCUAUAUGAUUAUGUUUCUGAAGCAAAGUUGGGUUGCUUAUCUUAGAAGACAGGCAUUUGAAGAAUGGAAAGACUUUCCAAAAGAGGACAUAUUAUGUAGCAUCAAUAAGGCAGUAAUACAUCUGUUAGGAGAUGAGUGCUUUAAUUUCUAUUUAGACGGAGACAAAUACACUGUCAGGGAUGAAAAAAUCAACAUGGAAUGGAAAGGAGAUAUAAAUACUAUUUUACCCUUGAUGUCUCGAAUGAAACCACAAACCACAGAAGCUACCUUACCUGAAGAUACAGGUGUUGAAAGUAAAAUUGGCAGUGGUAUGCAGCAUUCUGAAAGUGAAAUACAUGGAAAUUUGGCACACAUGUCACGUAGCAGAAAAAUCAAACUGAAAUUGAAGAUGAAGGAAUCCUAUGAUUUUGAUUAUCCAGAGAGAGAUUUGUUUCUAUUUGCUGUUCUUUUUAACAGACGUCAACUGGCUGAUCUAUUUUUAAAACUUGGAGUUAAUCACCUUGGGACAGCUUUAUUUGGAAGUUCACUGUUAAAGGCCCUCUCUGAAAAAGCUGAUACAGAUGAAGAGACUAACACAAGCUUAGAUUUGAUGCAACAUUCUCAAACUUUAGAAAACUUGGCAGUGAGUAUUUUGGAUGUCUGCUAUUUGCGUAACAAGGUCAAUACUCACAUGCUGCUGUGUCGGAAGAUAAAAGAACUAGGGGACAGUGCCCUACUUAUAAUGGCAGACAGGCAAAAGUUGAUGGAUUUUGCUGAACAUUCAUCCUGUCAAACAAAACUGACCAACAUUUGGAAAGGUUCACUAGCUCCUCACACUUCACAGUUGAAGAUUCUCUUCACUAUAUUUUUCCCUCCUCUGAUCUACUUUCUGAAGUUUAACAAGGUCACAAAAUUUAAUAGAUUGUUGCAUCCAUCAGAGGUGGAGCCUGAAGCCAUAGCAGAGCACCUGGCACUGGAAGUCAACAAAAACUCUAACAUCAAAGAUAAAACUGCUAAAAUUGGUUUUGUACCAGCCAAACAAAAAACUACAGAUAGUACUGUCAGGACUAAAUUCCAGGAAGUCAGACUUUUGUGUGGUCAAGAAAACAGUAUCAGCCUGUUCCAGGCUGCGUAUAUGUUUUAUAGAGCCCCAGUGACCAAGUUCUUGAAUAACAUUAUUGCUUAUUUGAUAUUCUUGGGUUUGUUCAGUUACUUCUUGCUGACCAAUGUGAACCCAGCGAAUGAACCAAACUCUCCUUCAGUUGUGGAGUAUAUUGUCUGGGUUUGGUUUCUGACUAUGAUGAUUGAAGAAAUAAGACAAGUGAUCAUAGGUGAUCAGAGAUCAUGGAAGUACAAAAUAAAAAAUUGGUGGAGUAACUUCUGGAAUCAGUUCGACUUUGUCAUGUACCUGCUGGUCAUAGUGUCUGUCAUUCUGAGGUUUGAACUCUUCACUGACUUCCAUUUUGUCUAUGUAAGGAUCGUCUAUUCCAUCACUUUGGUCAUGACUUAUCUUAGAUUCAUGCAGUUCUUCUUUGCUGAAAAAAACAUGGGACCAAAGGUCAUUAUGAUCAGAAAAAUGUUGACAGAUCUGAUGUUUUUCUUUCUGAUUCUCCUGCUGUUCAUCCUGAGUUUUGGUGCUGCCUAUCAUAUCAACAUGUUUCCCAAUGCACCAAUCAACUGGUCAAUUAUGUACUAUGUACUUUACUAUCCUUACUUUCAACUUCAUGGGAACUUGUUUCUGGAAGACAUGCAAGGGGAAGACACCAGUGGCUGCACUAGAAAUGAAACAAUUUGGAGAAAUGAUCCAAUGAAUCGUUGCCCUGAAAAGAAUGCCAUUGUCCCUAUUUUGUUAGCAGUGUAUAUGGUGCUUACCAAUAUACUACUCAUCAACAUCUUGAUUGCCAUGUUCAGUUACACAUUUCAGAGUGUACAAGACAAUUCCACUAAGGUCUGGCGCUUCUACCGCAUUGCUCUAGUCUAUGAGUACUUUGACAGACCAGCUCUAGUCCCACCUAUCAUAAUAUUUAACCAUAUAUGGAGAAUAUUGAGAUAUAUUUUGUAUUUGAAAGGACGCAUGACCAAGCGACACAAUGACUUUAGUGUACACUUCAAUGAGGAGAUAAACAUGCGUCUGACUUUAUUUGAGAAGGAAGCAAUGGAAGUACAUCUGGCUCGGUCUUCAGUUCGAGAAAAGGAACAGCUAGAUAGAAGAGUAGCUUCAACAGCUGAAAGACUUGAACUUGUAAUGGAUGAUCUACAAAGAAUUAAAGAGGCUGUUCAACAGCAAGAAAAAGGUCAAGGAGUAGCUGAUAUCAUGACCUCAGACAGAUUAAAUAUCCUUUCUGCUUCACCAACUGUUGAUAGUAUCAUGACACAAGUCUCUCAGUCUGAAGAGAAACUAAAAGCUACCAGUUUGGACUCAGAUGAGGUUCUAAAAUUACAAAAUCAGCUAAACAAUUUGCACCAACAGACAAAAGAUAACUUUGCCAGACUUGAAGAGAUCACUGUUUUGCUGCAACAAGUUAUUCAACAGAAUAAUGAGAGACUUUGAGAAGUUUUGAAGCCAGUCUUGCUAAGAACUCACGAAAGUAUAUUAUAUAAGUGUAUUAUUUUUCUUUAGCAUUCACUGCUCAAGGCUAUCAAUGUAUUCUUGUUGCAAUAAUUUUCAAAAUAAUUCAAGCAAAUCAGAUGUUCUUAGAUAACUUUUGCUCAAACUAUUUUAUUCUCUAAGCUGUUUGGUUAGCUCAGUGAUGCCCAAUAUACAACCAUCAUGCCAGAUCUGGCCCGCAAUGUGGGUCCAUUUGGCCCGCCAAUAGGUUGACACAAAGUGUACAAAAUCCCCAACCCUUUUUUUCCCCCAAAAAUGUAUAUUACCUACGCUAGGGCCCUCACUUUUACUUUGAUGGAUUGAUACCAUGACCUUUAAAAUUUGAACAUUCAUAAAAUGGGAGAGCCAAUGAAACUACAAUUGGACAAUUGGAAUUUAGAAUCUACAAGGAAAAAUGGAUCUUUACUUUUUUUUUGUGAUUUGUUGAUUGCACUAUUAAAAAAAAAGAUUGAUUCUAAAAAAAAAGAAGAAUAUUGUUUUCAUAACUACUACAAAAAUAUCUUACUAUUCACUUUUUUUCAGUGUUUUAAUAUUUGUGAUAAAAACAUUUGUUUUUACUUGUUUUCUGUAAUUCACAUAUUAUAUGUAAUCAAAAGAACUAAAAUAUUUGUAAAUGAUCUCAGGUUAUUUAUUGUUUACUUUUCUAUGCAUCAACAAGUGAUAUUACAACUGUUUUAUCUCUACAUUAUUGUACUGUUGAGAUAGAUCUAUAGAGUAGGAGACGUUGAUUGCGGUGGAGUACUAAAACAUAUCAAGAAAGAUCUUUGAAAGAUAAAUGAUUUGGUGGUUUUUUUUACACUUGAAAGUUUUUCUACUCUGCAUGUGUCUCUUAGAAAGUCAUGCCCUUUUUUAAAGUCAUGCUGAUUUUUAAAUUAAUGUUCUUUUUAUGCUUUUGGUAAUUGUGUUUUAUUCUAUCUACAAAAAUCGAAUAGCUCUAAUUAUUUCUAUUGUUUACACUAGAUAUGUUAUUGCAUUUUUCAUUUUCAAGGAUAAAUUGUACAAUUUUUUAAAUAUUUAUUUUGUGAUAUUUACUUUGCGUAUUGUAUAUAUGUGCUUUUUUUUAAAUUAUAUUUUUUAGUCUAUUUUUAUUAAACUUUUUCAUUCCGGCCAUUAUACAAAAUGUUUUUAUUUUAAACAAGUUUUUUAUUUGCUUUUUAUAUUUAUUGCAUUCUUAGAUUUAUAUUUACAGGGUCAUUGUCUAAGAUCCUUAUGGAGUGCUCCAAUGUUUCCUGUUAACUGAAUACUGCUAUUCCCUGUUAUACAGACUGAGUUUCUUUUGGUUCUGGACAUUGGUGUUGAUAUGUAAAUACCGAAACAAAACAUUUUAUCCAGACGUGGCUGAAGGCAUUUUUAUGUCAUGUUCCUUGAAAUAUUCUUAUAUUUAAAAAAAUAACAACCUUAAAUUCUUGUUGGACUCUUAUGAAUUAUUUCUUUCCAUCUUUCAAAUAUUUGAUGAUGGCCCAAAGGAUAUCAUUCUAGACAGCUGAUUUCUUAGGUGCAAAUUUAUUUUUUUUUAAAGGAAUUUUGAAAGUGAGGUCAAACACAGAAUUAUAUUGAGCCAAACUUGUUUAUUCUAAAACGUUAGCCUGAUGUAACAAUGUAGAGACCAAAUUAUUAAGGUUAAUUUUUUUACCUUUUUUUUUUUCAAGGUAAUUGAACUAGUUUUAGGAUACUAUAGAACUAAAUUGUUGGCCUCCCUCAGUCAUAUAAUGACUGUUUCAUUUCAUAGACCACUUUUUCAUUUAACUGUGGAGCCCUACCUUUACUCGAGAGACAUUCCUGUCCACAUGUAUCACAGGUUAAGGUGGCAUGCACUUUGAUAGUAGAGGAGCCAGACAUUUUUCUUUUGGCACACUUUUCUUCCAGAGCUGAAUUAUUUAUGAAUUAAGCAGCAUACAGUUGGCCAGAGACCACUAACGUAGAUCACAGUUUUACAUUUACUUGGAAGCUGGCACUUGCAGACUUUCCAGUUUGCUCAUGGCAGUGGAUGUCAAGCUUAAACUAGUUUUUACCUUUUUAAUUGACCUUCCAUCUAGUGUUAGGUUUGACCCUAGAUAUUUACAUCUUAAAAAGAGUUUGCCAGCAGCUAUAAACAUUACAUAUUUAUUGAAGAAAAAAAAUUGUUUUACUCUAAUCUUUUUAUUUAUUUAAUUUAAAAUAUAACUUUGAUCUAAUCCAAUUCCAGUAUUUGUUCUGUUGUUGAUUUGCCUUUGUUAAACCCCAACCUUGGUAUUUACUCUGUUCAAGUCACUUAGAAUGAUUAUAGAACUAAGUAUUCACCAUGAAAUCUUUCUCCCGUUCUUAUGCAGGCUGAUGAGUGACAUGGGUGAGCUAGAACUGAUGGUUGAUUUCUGUGUUUCUAAUCAUUGCUAAACUGACAUUUGAAUUUAGAGCAACUCACAGUCAUUAAUGUUCUAUGUCUUAAUAUGUUGUUAAAGUCACAUUUAAACUUCUAGCAAAUUACAACUCACAAUCAUUUGAAUUGUCACAGUAUUUAGUUUAGACACUUUUAACUUUAGAGCAGCUCACAGUCAUUUCAUGUUAAACUUUUGAUUCAUUCUUAAAUAAAUCUUGGGCACAUUGUCAAACUGUUUUAGCAUUUUAUAGCUGAAGAAAUAUGCAAUUGAUGUCUUGUAAGGGCUGUCCACUGUGCACCACACUUGAAUGCAGACAGGUCUCCAUAAAGUUUGAUGUCAGAUAAAGUAUGUUUGCUUACCUGUAGACUCACACAAAAUGUUUUUUUUUUUUUU